GCCCGGAGCGCGUGAGUGAGCAGGUGAGUGACAAGGACGCUGGGACUCCCAUGGGCAGCAACUCCUGCCCACGACGGCCAGGGACGCUGGCCACCUCAGGCUCCGCGUUGCUGGAUCACAAGAUCUGCCCCGCGUGAUAACAGCAGGGUGUCCUCAGAUCAUUUUGGAAACGGGGGAAAGGAUGACAAUGAUGGAUGACCAGUACCCUUCAUGGAUCUUUGUCAAUGAGAGGACAUUCAUAACCAGGGAACAACUUAAUUCUUUACUGGAGGCUUAUAAUGUAUUCUAUGAAAACCAGAAAAAUCUGCAUAUUUUGUAUGGACAGACUGAAGACGGACAGCUGAUUGUUGAAGGGAUGCUGGAUAUUUUCUGGGGAGUGAAAAGGCCGAUACAGCUAAAGAUACAGGAUGAGAAGCAACUCUCUUCUAUUGAUCUGUUGAACUCACCAGAAACCUUUACCAGCAAAGGGAGGAUGACGCGUUGGGGAGAAUUUGAUGACCUUUAUCGGAUCACCGAGCUGGACGGGAGCCAAGUUCUGGUGUCUGAAGGAAGGCAUUCCCCUGAAGACUAUUUAUCUUAUCACAGCACUCUGAAGCCACAAGCAGAGGAGGAGCCAGCAUCCCCAUUGCUCUAUAGGACCAUGAGUGAGGCAGCUUUGGUGAGAAAAAGGACAAAGGCUCCAGUGAUGUAUAGAAAAGACAGACAGAGCCACAGAGCCUCUAUCAACGGACACUUCUAUAACCAUGAGACAUCCAUUUUCACCCCAACCUUUGGAUCAGAAACUAAGGUCAGAACAAAUAGUAACAUGAGGACUGAAGAAGUAAUAAAGCAACUUCUCCAAAAAUUUAAGAUUGAGAAUAGCCCUCGGGAUUUUGCUCUCUACAUUAUUUUUGGAACAGGAGAGCAGAGAAAGCUAAAGAAGACAGAUGUCCCACUCCUGCAGAGGCUCCUACAAGGCCCUUCCAAAAGCAAUGCCCGGAUCUUCCUCAUGGAUAAAGACGCAGAGGAGAUCAGCAGUGACGUGGCUCAGUACAUUAAUUUUCACUUUUCUUUCUUGGAAUCCAUCCUUCAAAGAUUAGACGAGGAAGAGAAAAUGGAGACUGAAAGGAUAAUGGCCAGAUUCAGUACCGAAAGGGCCUUUAUACUGGAGUGUCUCCAGAGGAAGCAGGCAGCGAAGACAGAGACCACGGUCUAGAAGCCCAGCCCUCCUGCCAGCUGGCCCUCCUGGCUGAGCUGGAGAGGACACUGUUGAAUGAAUGUACGGUCGGCUCCCGGGUUCUGAGACCUGUGACCUCGCAGCUGUGGAAAACCGAAUGGCAAACGGCCUCCUUCCUCUGCGCAACGAUGAGGUUGGCUGCGGUUCAGAGUUGGACGAAGGCAAGACUGGACCCCCUCUCAGUAACUGAAGGAAGCCUGGGUACCAUGCAGUCCAAAUACCGUUGAUAGCACAUUCCGAGGUUGGAGCGGCCUCUGCUGAUGUCAUGCGGUUGAAACUUGCUUUAUCUUUCACUCGUACGAGAACUGAGAUAUUGGCUGACUCACCAGUGACUGGAAAUAAACACUCCCAGUUCUUGAUGUCAACAAGAAACAUUCUCAAGCCGGCAGGGGUCUCAGUUGAUCAUGUUUCAUAGCUGUGUAAACACUCAAGCGUUUACAUAAAGUUUAGAAGUAAAUCUAUGACCUUGAUGGUUUUUAGCUCCAUCUGUCCUUUCAGAAUAAAAUGGUCUGGGACUUUGUAAAGAAACCUAAACUCAGGGCUGGAGAGAUGGCUAAGUGUUGAAGAGCACUGUCUACUCUUCCAGAAUACCUGGGUUCAGGUCCCAGCACCCACGUGAUAGCUCUCAACCCAGGCCCUUCAUUUGCUCCCUGCCCUUCUAUUCUCCGGAUGCCGACUUCCAAGCUGUUUUAAGUGUCUUAAAAAUCGGUUGAAUUCAUUUUCUUUUACCUUUGUAAACAAAUACACCGCAGACAUAGAAUGUCCUGUUACUAGCUAGAAGAGCACGUGACCCCCAGACGCCCAGCUGGUGCUGACGAUUGCUGUGGAUGAAGCCAAGCUGCUGCAGCUGAGCCGCCGGGCGAGGCAUCACAGAGUCCUUGCUGUCCUGUGAGUUACCCUCCAGGUACACAUACGGUCUGCUAAUCCUGCUGGGGGAAAAAAAAAAAUGCUAUGGGACUUUAUUUGUAAACUCUUAUCAUAGUGAAGUCUUAAUAACCCUUAUCAUCGUGAAGUCUUAAUCAAUAUUUUUCUGUCUCCAAACUACUCCAUUUGGCAUCCUAGCUGCUAGCCCUGGAGAAAUCUCUGGAUGCAAACAGAAAAAUCUUUCCUGGAGCCCGAGAAACCGCAAUGGUUUUCUAGCGCGCCCUCUGCUGGCAAAGUAUGAUAUUGUGCAGGGCGCAGAGGAAGCUGUAAAAGGGUCCGCUCCACCCACCGCUGUCCCCCGGGUUUUCACAGGGCUGAUCUCAAACUGAAUUGGGGCCUAGAAUAUAAAAACUGGCAAAUCGGCUCAACAAGAUCACUGUUAGCAAAGAUCAAACUAGUCAACGGGUAGUGACGAUGCGUGCUGCAGCAAAUGGGUUUUUUCCCCCUGAAUGUGUUAGAUACAAGAUUAGCCUUGUAAGAUGCUGUAUAGACAUCAGAGAUACAGAGGCGUUCUUCAGAGUUAUUACACUGACGUUUAUUGUGACAAAAAGAUGUAAGGAGAGUAAGUGUUCAAAAACAAAAAAAAAAUAGUAAAAGGCAAAACAUUUGCUCAGAAAAAAAUGAUUUAAAAGGCAAAAAAAACUUGCUCAAAAUGUUACAACCAUUAGAUUUUUAUUUUAAUAAUCUAGAUCUCUUUAUGAAGAUAAGAAUAGAAAACCAUAUUGUGAAAUAUCCGUCUCUUAGGUUAUAUAUUUACUUGUGUAUUUGCACACGGACACGGAUAUUGUAUAUCCACUCACAAACCCAAACCAAGUUAUAGAAUUAUUUGUGAUUUGUUUCUCUAGCUCUUGUAAGUGUGUUAAACAUUAUAUAAUGAUGCAUUAAUUUUCUGAUCAGGAAAUGCAAAAUAUGUUGCAUGAACGUUCUCCACAAAAAGUAAGAAGUCCAUACAAGAACAGAUUCUCACUGGAUGCAAAAUAUUUUUAAUUAUUCAAAUGAGCCAUUGACCUUACCUUUGCGAUGUUUUAAAAAAAAAAAAAAACCCUUUACUAUCUGUCCUCCUUAAUCUUUCUGCAGAGCGUCAGGACGUAAUGAUUGCUGCUUAUUUUUCCCUAAAAAACGAUUAUAAACGUGUGGCAUUUGAUGCGAUGUUAGGUUAGACUGGGAUGUGGGCUGACUUGACCCAGACAAGUUAACCACAUCGCAUGAUUAUAGCUUCUCCAAGCGGAGAACAUUAACCUAUCCAUGCUUUCAGCAGCUAGAAGUUCUAAGGGACUGAGCAAGGCAGGCGGGAGGGAGAGCGAGGGACUGGAGAUUUGAUCACGGAGUUGCUGAGGCUCCUUGAAUUUGCCACUGGAUCACUUCCUUAGGCGCAUGAAGGUCUGAGCCUUGGGGGGGGGGGGAAGCCUGUUUGAUCGAGAGCUGGGGCUUUCCACAGAAAGCCAGCAGGCUCUCCAGCUGUCUCCUAAGUGGGUCUGGAGCCUUCAAAGGCUGCACUUAUCCUAAUCGCUUGGGUGCAACUUCCUGAGCCAGAGAACCCGCUAGAGGCACUCCGGGUACCAGGUCUUCAGAAACUGUGAGAUCAGAAACUUCAGCUGUGAUGAGCCGCUAAAUGCUAAAAUGGCUUCAUAGCCCUAGAUGACUUUUGCACUUUCUGAGGCCAAAUCUACUUCAGCUGUUUUUGUAUGAUGAAAAACCAUAAACUUUUGUCCAAAAUAAAGGGCUUUUCAUUGUUUUAGGUGACCCAGAUAUUUCAUUGUCAGUUACAUACUAAUCAUAGUCUGUUGCAUGUAUCAUUGUACUUUUUGUACUUCAUAUCAUGUCUUAUACCUAGGAGAUGCUCAAUAAAAUGGAUAGACAA